CAAACAAGAACUCUCGUGGUGCCAUGAGAAUUAAAAAUUGAAUUAAGAAGUCUGGGCUGAAGCUUCUUAAAAUUUUCUUCAAUUGAAAUUUAUUUGUUUUGCUGCAAAGUUUACCGAUAAAAUUUAAACAAAUUCACAGAACGUUUUUACGAAAUUCAACAUUCAAAGGUCAUUUAGAUCAUGUUCACGAUAUUAUCCAUUUGCACCCGAAAUUCUCACCGGGUGUCCAAAAUCCUUGUGAAAACAGCGAAGAGAACAAUGAGUACCGAAAGUGAUGUCAUUUUGGAGACAGCAGGAAAUAAAGGCGUCAUAACUCUUAAUCGUCCCAAAGCUCUAAAUUCUUUGAAUUUGAGCAUGAUUCGAAAAAUUUAUCCGCAACUGAAGGCAUGGGAUUCAGAUCCUGCAAUAAAAAUGGUGAUAGUUAAAGGUUCCGGUGAUCGUGCAUUUUGUGCUGGAGGUGAUGUGAGAGCACUUGUUCAAGCACAUAGAGAAGGAAAUCCGAGUUUGGGGGAAGAUUUCUUUCGUGAAGAAUUUCAAUUGAAUAAUUUAAUAGGCACAUUACAAAUUCCAUAUGUUGCACUUAUUGAUGGAAUAACAAUGGGAGGGGGCAUUGGAAUUUCAGUACAUGGUGCAUAUAGAGUAUGCACUGAAAGAACCGUGUGUGCUAUGCCAGAAGCAGCUAUUGGCUUUUUUCCUGACGUGGGUGGUAGUUACUUCCUUCCAAGACUUCCUGGAAAAAUGGGUAUCUUUCUUGCUCUCACUGGAUAUCGCUUACAAGGUCGUGAUGUUUUUAAAGCUGGAAUUGCCACUCAUUUUGUUGAUACAACUAACCUGAAAAAUUUAGAGCUUGAUUUAAUGAGAUUAGAGAACCCAUCUCUGGCUGACAUUGAUAGAAUAUUAUCGAAAUUUCAGGAGCAAUGUGAGAUAGAUUACAAGAAAGAAUUUGCUUUAAAACCUGUCAUGGGGAAAAUGAAUACUGUAUUUGAAGCUGACAGUGUUGAAACUAUUAUGAAUGCUCUUCAGAAAGAAGGUUCCGAAUGGUCUCGGAAACAGCACGAAGUUCUAAGCAAAUUGUCUCCAACUUCGUUGAAAGUUGCAUUCCAACAAAUAAAACGUGGUGCCAAUAUGACGCUUCAAGAUUGCUUGAAAAUGGAAUAUAGAAUGAGCCAAAAGUUUAUGCAAGCGUCGGAUUUUCAUGAAGGUGUUCGAGCUGUUCUCAUUGAUAAAGAUAAUAAACCUACUUGGAAACCAGCUUCAUUAACCGAAGUCACAGAAGAUAUUGUGAAUUCCUAUUUUCAGCAGUUGCCAGCUGACAAAGAAUUAAAACUUUGAUUUGUGUUUUAACAACUGAUGUUACAAAUGUGAAAGUGCCGGAAACCUGGCAGUUCAUGAUUUAUAAAAUUUGUUAUUGUUUGUUAAAAAUUUGGCUUUAAAAAAAUUAAGAUUUUUUAAAUUAGUCCUAAGAAAUACACUUGUUAAAAAAAAUUGUUAAAGAGACCAAUGAUGAUAUUCAGAACAGUAUGUUCUAAUUCCUUCAUUGGGAAAUGAUUUGGUCUUUGAAAAUGAUAUUAAUGCUUUUGUUCUAUCACUGAUUCAAUGACAACGUAAACAAACAUCCAGUUUCUACAAAGACAUAAAAGUUACGUGCUGUUGAAAUGAAAGCUUCUGCUUCACAAUUUUGAUGAUAUUCUAAGUUAAAUGCUUAUGUUAGAAUAACUUCAAAACAAUUAAUUCUUGUUCCAGUCAUUUUGUUGUUCUUAGAAGUUAUCUGCUUAAAAUUACAAUGUGUAAAAUUUAGAAGCAUAUUGUUAAAUUUAAUGGGCUAAGAACAUUCUCUCCUUGUAAAGGUCAGAGUUAUUUUCAUUUACCUUCACUUGCAAAAUGUGGUCAACCUUGAUAGACAAAGUGAUCGGAACUGGACCUCCCUUGAUGAAUGAAAAAUUCAGGACAA